UUCAUAUAUUAUUUUCGGACCUAUUACAUAUCAUUAUAUAUGGUAUACUGUUAUUUUUUGCUCAGGAUAUAAACCCAAGAUAACUGUAUGACUAAUUCAGCUGGGUGCUUAUAAACAAUUAGAUAACAGCUAAUAGGCUCUUUAAUGUUCUUAAGUACACAUUUUAUUUAAAGCAACCACGUGUACAAGAGUAGGCGGAGAUUCGAUUGAAAACAUUGCAUUGCGAUUUGUUUGUAAAAAUAUUGAUUCAGUAUUUUGAAAGGCGUUACCGAGCACGCACACACAAAAUAUAGCGCUCUGCGAACUGUAAAAAAAAUCAUCAUAACUUUUAGAGUAUUGGAUUAUCGGAUAUCCCCGGAAUUUUAUACCAUCAGAGAGUAGUCUGUCUUUGUGAACAGACGGCUACAAUCCGUUAACGUGCCCCGGUAUUUAAAGUUACUUUAAAGUGUGUGUGCACUGUAAUAUCAUUGCUCUUUUGUGAAACACAGUGACGACAUCUACAUUUGGACUUUUUUAUGUUGCUUCACUGCCAGGACAUGAGAGUAUAAUAUGCCUGUUCCAAGCUGUCCUCGAGGUCCCUCUGGGAAAAACUUAACAUGUCCCCACCAACAAAGCAACAUAUACUGCAGCUCUAUACAUAAGGGUAUCGUGCAGGACUGCCAAAACGAUGACAUCGCGGGGGGAUGGGUGUCCUGUAUGGACAUUGAGGAGUCAUGCCCCAUCAAUGACUAUUGGGUCAAUAAGGAUACGGUUUAUGUCAAGGACGGAUGCGGCGGGCGGAUCCACGUGUGUUAUACCAGAGAUGCCCCAGCAACGGAAAUAAAGGAGAGAACAAUGGAGUGUCGACAUUGGAAUUCGUCUUACAAAGUUUGCAAGGUGAAGGACGCCCAAAAAGCCCAAAGCAUUGAGAAAAUUGCCCAAUUUCCCAUCACAUCGGGAUCGCAGUGUAAUAAAGGGAUCGACUACGGCAUUAUAGAGGAUUCUAUCUGGAUCAACAAUGGCUGCAACGGGAUUUACAAAGUUGAAUAUUAUACAGACAAGCCAACAGUUGUCACAUCAAAACCAAGCCCUCCAAGUUCGACAACUCCAGCCCCAGUGCCGACAAAAACCAUUCCCGGUGGAAAUAUUCAGAGAAAUACGACCACGACACCCAGGAGUAUUUGGGACAUGACCCCAUCUCGCGCAGCAACGACCACCCCCACCGACCCCGUGACGCGGACCCCCUCCGGAACCAUCUGGAGUGACGGUCUGAUGGGGAUCACGGUGGGGAUACUGUGUGGAGUCUUUCUGAUGUUUCUUCUGACGUGCCUAGCAAUCCUGUGGUUUGUUAGAAGGUACAGAGUAGAACGUAGAAUGAUGGACAAAGAAAAGAAAGCGAAGAACGCCCCAUAUCAAAGAGAUGAGGCAUUCGUUGAUGACGGUCGACAUUACGAAGAAAUUCAUCCACGAGAUACACCUUAUGAAGCACAGCCAUUCCUUUCAUCUCCGAACGGACUUCCGGGUCAAAAACAACCAAUGAAUGGGUCACUUUCCGAACCUAACAAUAACCCUUCCAAUAGCCGAUCUCCACUAGGCGAGAAUUAUUUCAUUCUUGAACCCUCCCAAGGAAGGCCAAAUACAUCUAAUCAGAAUAUGGUGGCCAUUCAUCCAAAUACUAUGGAAACUUUUCAUCCGGGUAUUCACGGAUUUAUUCCGUACAUGCCCGGUCAUCAUUAUGUAGUCCAGGGACCGAGUCCCCACCACCAGGCUGUGCAAUCACAGCAUCCAGCUAUUCCUCCUGCUCAUUUGAUUCCAUUAAGGGAGAAAUACAUUAUAUCCGACAGACCCAUGGAGUCUACCACGGGAAUUGUGAGAUAUCCAGACAGAAAUAAUACAAUUGGGUCAUGUCAAGUGACUGGAUUUCGUCACAGUCCAGUUAAUUUUACCCAGGAAACGCCUGGACAGUUUUCUCUUGAUCGCAGACAAAACAUGCAAUACAUUCAACGAUCAACUAGCGUUUGUAGCCAAACUGACGUUCCCGUUCCCGAAGUAGGGGAAGAGGAAGGAUACGAUAAAAUCGAGGAUUUCCGUCAGUCCAUUCGAGCACCCUCGGAGAAAAGUAGUAGUCAUCAUUAUGACCAAGUGCAAUUGACAGAAUCCCCAUCCCAUGGGACUGAUAGUAGAUCUCAAUCAACCAAAUCAACGCAAGACAGUUCUACUUCGUGUUAGCUUCACAUGAAAAAAAUAAAAACGUGCCGUAUAUUUAUAGACUGUGAAUAUUGCAUGGAUAUACGACAGAUACAAAACGUUCCAUUGUCGAGGGACCAACGUAACUAAUGGUGUGUUAUUUAACAGAGUGAGUCUUGCCUUUAUCAGAGGAUGAAAUUUAUUCACUAAUCCUUUUAUAUAAAAAUAUCAAUUGUUGUGAUUUUUACACGAAAUCCCGUUUCAAUGGUGCUUGCUGUGUCGUUUUAUUUUAAUCUUAUUUUCACGAUGUUUUAAUUCCUUUUUGUGAUGUAAGGUCUAAUGAUGGGGUUUAUGAUAAAUAUAUUUAAAUCUUAAAAGCAUUUUCUAACCCAUUAUGACUCCAGUUGCAUUUAUAUUUCUGUGUGCAUUUAUUAGACUCCUUCUCUGUAAUACCCCAAAACAGAAAAUCUAUUUCAUGAAGAAAAGUGUGGGUUCUAAUUUUACAAAGAACAGCACUGAACUUUCUACUAGUCUUUAGACAGCUGUGAGGAGCUGAAAAUUUCAUCCGACUAAAAAAGUUUAAAUGAAGUUUGUUUGCUUAUAUUUUUUGCGUAAAAAAUUAUAUUAUACAAUGAAAUUGCGUUUUUAUGUUCACAAUUUUGAAGUACAUGUAUUGAUUUUAUGCAGAUUAUUUGUAAAGCAUUUCAUUUGUUCGGCAUUUAUGUCGAUUCUAACAAAAUGUUGGAUGACAAGACUAGGCAUUUGUCAUUAUUUUGCAACUAGAUUUACUGUAGAAAUUACUCAAAGUAUACAUGUCAGCAUUUACUUAAUCAGCAGAAAUUCAUGCUAUUUGAAACAUGAUUGCUUUCUCAUUUUUAAUCCCAAAAAUGUCAAAAUAAUAAACGAGAAAAUUCCAUGUUCUUCAUGGAUUCUACAUUGCUUUAAUAUACUAGUAUAUGUGUGCUUGAAUGGAUGAAUGGAUAACUGUAAAUUCUGUAAGUAAGUGUGUAUUUGCCUAAUGCCUUAACUUAAUAUCAAGUGGGACUUUCCAAAGUUAUAAUUACUGUAUUUUUUUUUAAUUUCAAUUUGUUAAGGUAAUUUAAAAGGUAUGCUCGUAUCUGGAGUAUUUGAAAAAAAAACUUGCUUCCCGUUUACGUCAAAAUGAAAAGAAAAGAUUCCCAUACGAAUAUAUGGAAUGUCUCUUUUAAAAAUGCUCUUGAUUUAAUCUCUUUCAAAAUUUAUAUAUACAAACAAGAGGGCAUUGACUAAACUUUUUUUUGAUUUGAAAAAUGUGGCAUUUUUAGGUUUUUGUAUUCAGAAGUUUUCAUUUUAACUUAAAUCAUGGGUGCUUAUUCAUUAUUUAUUUGCUGUCAUACGGAAAAAUCCGUAAAGACAUAAGAGCUAUUUUCAAUACAGAUUUCACAAAUUCUUGUGGAAAUACAUAAAAUAGGAUUUUGUCUCGUUAAGGAGAAUAACAUUGUUUAUGCUUUAUUUUGUGUGAAAAUCUUCAUUUUCUAGAUUUAAUCGUGCGGACUAUCAGCUGGUCUAUCUUACUGAGAAACCAAGUGGGUUGUAUACAUUUCAUUUUGUGAUAAAUGCAUAAUAAAAUAAAAACCAUUUACAAACAA